GUAAAAGGUAACCAUGACAGUAUGUCAAACUCUAGCGCGCUCCCUAACAGGACAGUAUUUUGGUCCCCCACGAGCGCAGUCGAAUGCUGCCUAUGUAGGGAGCUCACCAUACGUUUUGGUACCAUCCUUUGAUGUGCAUAUAUCCACCCCGCCUCUCUCCAGCUGAUGCCCGCGCCCUGUCAAUCUCUAUCCCAGCAGAGAGAGCAAAGACCGGGGGAAACCGAACCAGAGCGGGUCCGCUCCGUGAAAACAUCCAUGGGUGGCUGUGUGGGCAGUCAUCAUGAUUCUUCAGGCAGUUUAAACGAAAACUCGGACGGAACCGGAGUUGCACUGGGGCGUAACCAGCCCCUGAAGAGAGAGAAACCCAAAUGGAAAAGCGACUACCCGAUGACCGACGGGCAGCUGCGCAGCAAGCGUGAUGAAUUCUGGGAUACGGCACCGGCAUUCGAAGGCCGGAAGGAAAUCUGGGAUGCACUUAAGGCGGCUGCCCAGGCCUUUGAGAGCAACGACCACGAGCUCGCUCAAGCCAUCAUCGACGGCGCCAGCAUAACGUUACCACACGGCGCUCUGACUGAAUGCUACGAUGAGCUGGGAAACCGCUAUCAGUUGCCCGUCUACUGCCUUUCACCUCCAGUCAACAUGAUUGAGGAGAAGAGCGAGUCGGAGACCAUUGAGAUCCCUGAGACUCCAGCCAGCGAGGGCCACGAGUGCCAGCUGCGUCUGCGUCUCUCCACGGGCCGGGAUCUACGACUUGCGGUUCGCACCAGCGACAGCGUCCAGCAGAUGAAGCGCCGUCUUCAGGCUCAGGAAGGUGUGGCCACCGGCAGCCAGCGUUGGUUCUUCUCAGGCCGGCCGCUCACUGACAAGAUGAAGCUGGAAGACCUGAAGAUCUCCAGAGACUAUGUGGUCCAGGUGAUCGUCAGCCAGCCGCCUGGGACCCCACCACUGCCACAGAACCCCACGCCUGUGGAAAACUAAUGCCUCGAUGGAGACUUGGAGAUCUGACUAAAUGUGUGGGCUGCAAGAUCUUUGAGAUUUCUUCGAUUUGAGAUGGGCCGUUUCUGAGUCUAGGGAGGCGAUCUCUAGAGGCCUUGUCCUGCAAACACUCACUGCCUUUGACUUGCUUCAGCUUUUCUCAGUGUCGAGACUCAGACUUAAGGGUCAAAAGCCUCAGGUCUAUAAAACUGGAGCCAAGACUUGGCCAAGAGAGGUCCAUUAUGGCAAAUGGACGCUUAUUAUUGCUGGAUCUGCCUGAAAUUUGUUAGUUUGAAGUUUAUGGAGGUACACACUUCAUAUACUUUUUUUCUUAUGAAAGAGCUUAUGUCUGCAAGGCAGACCUGAGAUGUGGACUUACCGGUGUCAGAGCUUUCAAAUCUGAGAAGAUAGGGGGCCAACAGGACUUUCGAAUUGAUGCGGUUGGCUUUCAAAAAGGAGGAUGAUCAUUUGUUGAACUCUUUUCUUAAUUAUCAUUUUUUAUUAGAAACUUUGUAACCAAAAAUAUAUGAAGAUUUUAAGAAGUGCAGGGCCUGUUGUCAUAAAAAAAAACUUUUCCUUCAGUUCUCCCUUCUCCUUUUGAUUCCAGUUCUUCUUCAGAUAACCUUUCAAUUAAAUUCUGAAACAUCAUUUAUUUUAGUUUUUUUAUUUCCAUUUCAAAAAGGGGAAAUUUCUCUGUCUUAAAAUCCAGUGGAUUUACUGUGUGACCUUUGCCUCAUUUUGGAAAGUAUGGUUAGUAAACCAUAAAAAGAUCAUCACAUUUUUGCACUUAGCUUUCAGUCCUGAAGGAUAUUCAGCCAAAUAUCCUCCACCGAAGACCUUUAAUCUUUUUUUCCUAUAUAACUGUGUAAAAUUGGUAUAAAGGGGCGAUUUAUUCAUAACCUGUGUUUCAGGAUUUUUUAGCUCUGCGUGGUUUUCAUGGUGCUACAUUGUGCCUCACGCAUUACAAGUCCAUAUUACAUGAAUGCUGGGUCUGAAUAGGGUAAUGAUGUAAUAAAUGUGUAUUGUGCGUUAAUGGGAAAGCCAUAAGCAGGUAAAAAUGAAUCUGUUCGAUACAAAUUUGGAUGUGUAAGAGUACAUGUGGUUCCCUUUGGCUUCAAUAACGCCCCACUUGGAAUGUGUAGAUGUCAUCUAUGAAUGUAGCUGUUUAUUUAAAAUGAACAUUCUCACAGUUUACUCUAUAUUUGUCUUUUUUAUUCAAUUUUUAUUUUGGCCUGUAUAGCGAGCUGGAUGGUAAAGGCAAGAAUGAUAUGGAACAGAUAGAAAAUUGAUUUGAGCUCACAUCACACACGAGAGCGGCACGAUUCAACACGUCACUGCACAUGUGUUAACCGCAAACCCACAACUUCAACUUUGUUUUUAAAUGGUUGGCUUUGUCUUGUUGAUAGACAAUAAAAAACAGUUGCUUAUUUUAAUGACAAAGAAUGCGUUUUUAAUUAAAAUGUUGAACUUUUGUUACA